AUGGAGCCAGAAUUGCAGAGCGGGGCUCCUGCCCAAGUGCAGCUCAUCCGAGAGGCGUACCAAAAGGCCUUUCACUUCGUCAACCAAGGGCUAAGCACCGAUGAGCAGGGUCAGAAGGAAGAGGCCAAGACACACUACCGGCAGGGCAUCGGCCACCUGCUGCGGGGCCUCAGCGUGCCCAUGGCCGAGGCCCAGCACACGGGCCCUGACUGGGAGUCCGCACGCCAGAUGCAGCAGAAGAUGCGAGAAACACUGCAGAAUGUGCGUGCACGCCUGGAGAUCCUGGAUCGCGGCCUGGCCACCUCACUGCGCAGCGACCUACAGGAUGUGCCCAAGCUGUAUCCUGAGUUCCCCCCCAAGGAUGGGCAUGAGAAGUCCCCAGAGGAGCAGGAUGUCAGGUCCCCUUCCCAAGUAGCUCUGGCUAACGAGGGGGCAUCCUCAGCGGGGGCAGCGGCCCCUCUGCCCUCCCCAUCCCAUGGGAGACCCUCAGAGGCACCGCCUGCGUACACACCCCAGGCUGCCGAGGGUCACUGCACCGUGUCCUAUGGCACAGACUCUGGAGAGUACUGCUCCGGGGGUGAGAACUUCUACAGCAACCGCCCCCAGCCUCCCCCUCUGGAAUCCCUUGGGCUGGACGCUGAUGAGCUCAUCCUGAUCCCAAACGGAGUGCAGCUUUUCUUUGUCAAUCCCGCGGGGGAGGUCAGCGCUCCCUCCUAUCCCGGGUACCUGAGGAUCGUGAGGUUCCUGGACAACUCCCUGGAUACGUUCCUAAACCGCCCACCAGGGUUCCUUCAGGUUUGUGAUUGGCUGUAUCCUCUGGUCCCCGACCGCUCUCCAGUUCUGAAGUGCACUGUUGGGGCCUACAUGUUUCCUGACACCAUGCUACAGGCCUCAGGGUGCUUCGUGGGCGUGGUCCUGUCCUCGGAAUUACCUGAAGAUGACCGAGAGCUCUUUGAGGACCUAUUGAGACAGAUGUCUGACCUGCGCCUCCAGAUCAACUGGAGCCAGGAAGAAGGAGAAGAUGAGUUGCAGAUACCUGGACAAACGGGGCGCUCUGAUCAGCGGGGAAGUGACUCGAGCUCCAGUGUGAAGGACGCACGUCACAAAGGAAGACGUGGGAAGCAGGUGAAAGAUGCUUCACGUGAAGAAAUUAAUCUGAGCCACAUUGUGCCCUAUGAGCCCGUUUCCGAAGAAAAACCAAAGGAGCUACCUGAGUGGAGCGAGAAAGUGGCCCAGAACAUCCUGUCAGGUGCUUCCUGGGUGAGCUGGGGCUUGGUCAAAGGUGCUGAGUUCACUGGCAAAGCGAUCCAGAAGGGUGCGUCCAAGCUCCGUGAGCGCAUUCAGCCAGAAGAGAAGCCAGUAGAGGUGAGCCCUGCCGUGUCCAAGGGCCUUCACAUCGCAAAGCAGGCCACCGGCGGAGCCGCCCGUGUCAGCCAGUUCCUGGUGGAUGGUGUGUGCACAGUAGCGAACUGUGUUGGGAAGGAACUGGCCCCUCAUGUCCGGAAGCAUGGGAGCAAACUGGUGCCCGAGUCUCUAAAGAAGGACAAAGACGGCAAGUCCCCGCUGGACGGCGCUCUGGUCGUGGCUGCGAGCAGCGUUCAAGGCUUCUCCACAGUUUGGCAGGGCCUGGAGUGUGCCGCCAAGUGCAUCGUCAGUAACGUGUCGGCAGAGACCGUGCACACAGUCAGACACAAGUAUGGACACAGUGCUGGUGAGGCCACACAUGACGCUGUGGACUCUGCCCUCAAUGUGGGUGUCACAGCCUACAACAUUGACAACAUUGGCCUCAAAGCCAUGGUGAAGAAUACAGCCAAGCAGACCGGGCACAGCCUCCUGGAGGACUACAAGAUCGUUGACGGUGCACGCGGUGGGAGCCCGGGUCAGAAGGAAGGGCAGCUGGAGAGGGAGGGCUCCGAGGAGGAGCUGAGAAAGAAGACGAAGAAGAAGGGGAAGUGA